AUGGAUAAAUAUCAUGCAUUACCUGAAGCGUCGUAUAUUCUUGGACGUGUGAAGGGUGACCGUAGUUAUCAUUACAACUCCCGUGAGUCCUUUGAGAAACUCUGCGCGGACAUGGUUCUACUGUGGUCAACACCAGAUAACGGAGAUGCAUUUAGUGAUGAUGGCCCACAACAGCAGAAAAAAGGGAAUGAAGAAGUAAUGGUAGAACUCAAUUCACUUUGGCCGUCAUUUCUCAAAGAGGCUACUCUUUAUGUAGCGAAGGAGUCUCCACUUCAGUCUUCUAGGUCACUACUUGAAGCAAUUGUGGCUUCUGUAGAGUUUUCUGUUGUUAGCAAAUAUGGUGGCAAAAUAGCAGUAGCUAACACUGCAUGCGUGGAAGAAAUUAUACAAAUUCUUGUCUCUGAUAUUUGUCAACGGAAGAUAUCUCUCUCAUCAUUGAUUCCUCCAUUAUGGGAAAUGCAGAAAGUGACAGUAAUAGUUGAACUUCUUCAGGAAUAUUACCUCUUUUGCGGUGAUGCUAAUUCUACAGUUACUACAGAUACUGGUAUUGUUAGUAAUAAUGCUAGUGCUACCACAGUAAAACUUAUAGAGUCAUAUAAUGCGUUAGUUGAUCGAUAUAUUGGAUUAUUUGUAGAAGAAAUGGUGUUCCCUGACUAUUGGAACUUAAACUGGAGUUCUUCCUCCUCUGUGAUACUUGUGAAUGGAGUACAUCCUUCCAUUUAUUUCUGUUUUACUUCUAUGGCUAAUCUAGUGUAUGGUUGGAUGCACCGACCUUACUUAACAGAUAAUAGACCCUGUCAUGAGAUCGUUGCGCGUGUAUGGGAACGUGGAGCAUUAGCCAUUGCCUCCGUUGCAGAGGAAAAACAAUUAAGUUCACCACGGGAAAAACAAAUUCAGUUGGAUACUAUGCAUUUUGUGUUAUUUGCACGUAUGUUUCGUGGGUUUAUAGGUGAAAACUUUUCUAAAUGUGUAACUGUUGCAUUAGUAAGACUUCUGGAGGCUGUGGCUAAAUGUGUUCGAAAGGUGGAAACUUCACAGUCACAGGGUUUUAUUACUUUCGAAAAAGAAAUUUGGGAUGUUCCUCCCAUUCAAGAUUUGGAAUGGCCACGAACGGAUAUUCUGAAAAAUGAUAGUAAUGACGAAGAAGAGAAGAAGACUUCCACUCAUAUUGUUAGUAGUGGUGCCUUCAUACCUUGGUGUAAUGAGUUUAUACGUGCAUCUCAUGUAAAAGUUGCGCAAGGUCCACCAAUGGAUUGGGAACAUACUAUUUUUCAAAAGUUACACUAA